UGACCCAACAACGAGCAACAAUGAAGACUUUGAUCGUUCUGACUUUUUUGGUAGCCGUAACUCUGGCUCUUCCCCAGGGCAAAUUCCAGUUCCCCAGGAAGCUGGUACAUUCAUCCCAGGCCCCAGUACCAAAACGUCUGUCGGUGGAAAAUGCUCGUCCCAGCCCCCCCGUUCCAGUAACUGAACCACCCAAAAAAGUCGAGGAACCUGAGGAGGAGGACUUAGAAGAGGAAGAGGAAGUGAAGGAAGUGCCUGUACAAGAACCAGUCACCACCAGAAGACCAAUUUUCACCGCCAGACACCAAGUCCCAACCGAAGAACCUGUGGCCCCAAAGAAGAAGGCUCCAGUUAGGAACUAUGUACCCAACGAGUACGAGUUGGAGCAAAACAGAGCCGCCAAGUACGAAUUCAACUCCAACAUCGAGGACAACAUCAACGACCAAACGCAACAAAGAACCGAAGUCCGUGACGGUUUGAAAGUAACCGGCUCGUACUCGUACAGCGACGGGUACUUCAAGCGCACCGUCCACUACGAAGCCGACGACAAGGGCUACAGGAUCGUGAGCAUGGAAUCGGAACCCUUGGACGGACCCGAAAUCGACCUGAACGGAUCCGCGUCCGUGUCGAACGACGCCCACGGCGCCCAGAUCCAGUACCGCGUCCAGAGCGUACCGGUCGAGGGACCCAAGGCCAAAAUUAUCAAUUAAUUAUUUAUAAUCUUGUAUAUAAGUUACAAUAAAAUUUGUUGUGUUGUA